ACUCUUAUCAAUUUAGGAAACACCUUGUAAAUUUUAAAAAACUGACUUGAAGGAAAGGCAAAGACACGGGUCAAUAUAAAUCAGGCUGGGAGUCAUCGCAAGAGCUUGCUUUUAUUUGCUAACAUUUCUACUGGUCCUGGACACUUAGCAAAUAACAACAUUAACCAUGCUGCUUCCGAGGCUGACAGUGUGUUCAAAGAUCCCAGAGCAAACUAAAGUAUGCUGCUUUUUCAAAAGAUCUCUGAUGCAAGGAUACGCCCAUGGGACGUCCAUUGCUCAUCGCAGUGAGCUUCGUCACGCCAAAAGGAUAGUUGUGAAGUUGGGCAGUGCAGUGGUCACCCGAGGAGAUGAGUGUGGCCUGGCUCUGGGCAGACUUGCCUCCAUUGUGGAACAGGUGGCCAUGCUGCAGAAUCAAGGCCGAGAGAUGAUGAUAGUCACCAGUGGAGCCGUGGCCUUUGGAAAACAAAGAUUAAGACAUGAAAUCCUGCUUUCUCAGAGUGUGCGUCAGGCGCUACACACGGGACACAACCAGCUCAAAGACAUGUCACUCCCAGUUCUAGAGGCCCGUGCCUGUGCUGCUGCUGGACAGAGUGGCCUGAUGGCUCUGUAUGAAGCCAUGUUCACGCAGUACAGCACAUGCACUGCACAGGUCCUUGUCACUAACCUUGAUUUCCAUGACGACCAGAAGAGACAGAAUCUGAACAGUACUCUACAGGAGCUGCUGAGGAUGAACAUUGUGCCCAUCAUCAAUACUAAUGACGCCGUGGUGCCCCCUCCGGAGCCCAACAGCGACCUGCAUGGGGUAAAUGUGAUCAGCAUUAAGGAUAAUGACAGUCUGGCAGCACGCCUGGCUGUGGAGAUGAAGGCUGACCUCCUCAUCGCCCUCUCUGAUGUUGAAGGUCUCUAUAACAGCCCCCCUGGGACAGAUGACGCUAAGCUUAUUGACAUCUUUUACCCUGGAGACCAACAGUCGAUCACCUACGGUACCAAGUCACGAGUGGGCAUUGGAGGCAUGGAGGCUAAGGUGAAAGCUGCUCUCUGGGCUCUGCAGGGUGGCACCUCAGUGGUCAUAGCCAAUGGCACCCAUCCUAAAGUGACGGGUCAUGUGAUCACAGACAUUGUAGAGGGGAAAAAAGUGGGCACGUUCUUCUCAGAGAUCAAGCCGGCAGGACCAACUGUGGAGCAACAGGCUGAAAUAGCACGUAACUCAGGAAGAAAUCUGGCCUCUUUGCAUCCAGACCAGCGGAGUGAGAUCAUCUGCCAGUUAGCCGAGCUGUUGACAGAGAGGAAGGACGAGAUCCUGGCUGCCAACAAAAUGGACGUGGAGCUGGCUGUCACUGCAGAGCACAUGGCCCCUGCCAUGCUGAACCGCUUGAGCCUGUCUCCAGCCAAACUCAACAGUCUGGCAAUAGGUCUGCGGCAGAUCGCAGUGGCGGCCCAGGACAGUGUGGGGCGGGUGCUGCGUCGGACCAGAGUCGCCCAUAAUUUGGAGCUGGAGCAGAUCACCGUUCCCAUCGGAGUCCUGCUCGUCAUCUUUGAGGCCCGGCCCGACUGUUUGCCACAGGUGGCUGCGUUAGCCAUAGCUAGUGGCAAUGCCCUCUUGUUGAAGGGAGGAAAAGAAGCUGCCAAUACAAAUCGUGUCCUGCACCAGCUCACACAGGAAGCUUUGUGUAUACAUGGAGUCACAGAGGCUGUACAAUUGGUGAGUACUCGUGAAGAGGUAGAGGACCUGUGUCGACUGGACAAAUUGAUAGACCUGAUUAUCCCGCGGGGGUCAUCCCAGCUGGUGCGGGACAUCCAGUACGCAGCUAAAGGCAUCCCAGUGCUCGGGCACAGCGAGGGAGUCUGCCAUGUUUAUGUGGAUGCAGAUGCCAGUGCGGAUAAAGUCCUCAAAAUUGUUCAAGAUUCAAAAUGCGAUUACCCAGCUGCCUGUAAUGCAAUGGAGACUUUGCUGAUCCACCGAGACCUUCUGAGGACCCCAGUUUUUGACCAGAUUAUUGGUACUCUGCGAACAGAAAGCGUGAAGAUCCAUGCAGGGCCACGGUUUGCCUCGUACUUGACAUUCAGUCCGUCUGAAGCCAAAUCCCUGAGAACAGAAUACGGAGACCUGGAGUGCUGUGUGGAGGUGGUGGACAGCAUGCAGGAGGCAGUGGACCAUAUUCACAAAUACGGCAGCUCCCACACUGAUGUCAUAAUUACAGAAAAUGAGGACACAGCAGAGCAGUUUCUGCAGCAAGUUGACAGUGCUUGUGUUUUCUGGAACGCUAGCUCCAGAUUUGCUGAUGGUUAUCGCUUUGGACUGGGAGCUGAGGUGGGCAUCAGCACGGCCCGUAUUCACGCCCGGGGCCCUGUGGGGCUGGAGGGACUGCUCACCACUAAGUGGGUGCUGAGGGGGGAGGGACACACGGCCGCAGACUUCUCUGAACAGGGCACUAUGGAGUACCUGCAUGAAAAUCUGCCCGUCAGCCCCCCGCUGGCCAGUCAUAGGGACAGCAACUAAACACACAGUGGACUCCCAGUGGGACAGGUUUACAGCAGAAGGUAUGGGCCCUGUGGGGCUUGUUAAAAGAACUGUUUAGAACAGUCUAAGCACAACACAGGACAAGAUUUAGGUGGAACAUUGUUAAAACAAGUUCUUACUGUUAGAUUCUACCUCAUACAACAAUACAUUUAAAUAACUGCUAUCAAUAAUGAGCAAGGAAAUGUUUACAGUUAAAUUGCACAGAGGUAGAAGCAAAUUUUGGAGACUAUUUUGAAUAAUUUCUUAUCACCAAAAGACGGU